GACUUCCUCUCUUCACCUUCCGAGUCGGGAGGCCUCCUUCUCGAUUGGCCUUCGGUCCCCCCUCGCACUUGUGUCUUCGUGCCCCUGCUGCUCCGAGACGGAGGCGUGCUGGGAGCUGUUCCUUCAGGGUUCUUGGACGCGAGCCUUGUGUCAGCCGGGCAGACAGGGGCUCUGGAGGCGGUUGUUGGCCCUUCGGUGGAGGUGGCCUUGACUUUGGCAGAAGAGGAGGAGGAUGGUUCGCUGCGCCCCGUCGAGGAGUCUUGCAACGCCCUCCUCGUGGAUUUCAGCCUGGAGGUGGCCGCCUAUGUGAGCCGAUACGACCCAGUCACCUCUCCCGUGGAAGCCGUGUCUUUUGUGCCAGAACGGCCCGACCAGCAGGUGUCUUUCCCAGAGGCUUUGGCCACGGCCAGGGCUUGGCUGGCAGCAGAGGAGGGAGAGAGGCUGGCCUUUUACUCUGCGGCAGAAGGAGGCGAUGCCCUUCCUCAGGGGCAAACGGGCCAAGGGGAAGUACGGAGAAAGGCGGCACCGAAGGCAAAGAGGCACACCAAUGCUCAGCUGGCCGAGCAGAUCGGGAACCUUGUGGAUCUGAUCCCGGCCCUCACCCAGCAAGUGCAGGACCUUUCGUUGCGCCAAUCCGCUCUCGAGAAGAAGGCCGCCGAGGAGCCACAGGCCGACGAGCUAAUGGUCGACGAGGAGACCGGGGAGCCCCUACCUCCGGAGAGCCAGGGGGCACUUGCCAAAGCAAUGCUCCAACAGAGCCGUGCCUUAGGGACUUUGGUCACCCACCUGGUGACGCAAGCCGAUGCUUCGGACCCUUCCCUGUCCUCGCUAGGGGUCGCUGCCUUAGGGUCCAGAGGUGCCUCGAAGAGAGAACGUCUCCAAGAACAGCUGGCCACCCGCUCGGGGAGCUUCCUUUUGCAGGUCAGCCAGCAAGCCUUGAGGAGGCUCAGUCCUUCGGAGCCCGUGCCCUCGACUCGUGCCGAGCUCCUCGCCCGCAAGCCCGUCUUUACUUUGUAUGCCGAGCGCUUCGGAGGGUUUGGGUCUCAGCGGGGGCUAGGCAUCAUGUUCUGGUUGCUCGCCAACAUCCUGGAUGCACUGGUGGCCGGGGACACGGUAGGGGCAGAGGAGAUGGCUUCCCUGGCUCUGAUUGCCACCGAGCAAGCCUCCCAAGAUUCAGGGUCUUGGGAUAUAGCCUACCUUUUGACACUGUUGGAGGAUCCGCCUCACCAGUUGUUUGCCCACCGGCCUGCCUCUCAGAACCCUCGCCUUCGGGCUUUUGGGGGCCUGACCCCCCAAAGCUGGGCAACGACUACGCUGGCAUAUAUAAAGGAGAUAGAUGCCAUUCAAAGCCGCAGAUCGGAAGCCACCGCGGCUGCGAAGGCGAAGGCGCAGCCGAGCGACCCAGACCAGGCCUUGCCAAAGCCUCGUCGCCCCCGUUUUCCCAAGAAACCCAAGGAGGCGGGCUCCUAG